CGAUCUGUUCUUCUUCUUUCUUCAGCUUCUCUAUUCCUUUUUAAAAUCGCAUUUUCUCAGAUUUUCAAUAUCUGGCCAACGCGAAAAGACCGCAAGCGAAAGAGUCGCAUUUCUCACUCCUCGAGCGAGAUUUUUUUCGGUAAAUAAGAUCGUUUUCAUUUCUUUUCGGGUUUAUUUCGCGAGAUUCAUCUUUCAUUUCGUUUUUCCCUCUUUCGUCUUUUCUGCAAUUUCACUCAAAUGAAAUCGGAUUCCAUCGAUUUUCGUCUGGAUGGGAUUGAAUUUCAUUUCGAGGCAUUUCUGCAAACGCUCUUCAAGUUGAGCUCGAGCUCCGCUGCAUCUCGCAGAAUUUCUCGCCAAAAUAUCGAUAAUUUAAGCGAGAUUAUUUUUAAAAUUUUUUAAUUUCAUUUAUUCGAUCCGCUUCCCCUUUCAGACAAAUUGUUUUCUAGAAAUACGCAAAACAUUUCUGCUAUACUCGCGAUAAAUUGAAAAUAUCGCGAUAUUUAAAAGUGAAACUGUGUUUUGAUAGCGACACCGGGUGGCAGAUUUCAUAAUAUCUUGACUAUUUUUCAUCCUAAUUUCUCGCCGAAAUAAAACGGACGAAACGUUUCGGGUUAAAAACGCGAAACGUUUCGCGAUAAAUUGAACAUAUUGCGAUAAUUUCGUAAAAAAGGAGCUACGUGUUUUUAUAAAGUCGGUCCUUUUCAGUAAAAUUUUCGCGGAAUUUAUUUCAAAUGCAAUGAAAUGAAGUUCUGAAAACGCAAGCUGCGACAGUUGCGAUAAAUUGAAAAUAUCGCGAUAUUUACAAGUGAAACAGUUCUUGAAGCCGGGAGUUUUGAAUUUUUUCAGCUCAAAUGAAAUGAAAUUGCUAGAACAGGUGGCAGAUUUCGUAAAUAAUUCUUCAAAUGAUGCUUAUUUCGAGUCUCUAAAAAAUCAUCGAUUUUCACACGAGAUGAAUUGCGAUAAAAAGGAAAUAUCGCUAUAAUUCCGUCAUUUUCUGUAUAAUUUUCGCGGAACUAAUUUCAAAAUGCAAUGAAACGAAGUUGUUAAAGGGAAGGGCAGAUUCCGUAAAUAUCUUCUCAAUCAGUGUCAGUUUCGAGCCUUAUAUAAAUGCCAUUGCCUUGCAACGAAGAGACAGACAGACUCUCUUCUCGGUUUUGCAUCUCUUCCUUUCUUCCUCUUGGGUUUUAUUCUCCUUCUGGAAAUUAAAUUCAAAUGAGAAUGAAUUUCGCGGGAAUUUUCUUCAUUUUGAUGAGCUUCGCUCCUUUGAGCAUUUACUCGAUCGAGCAGCGGCUUUUGGUUAAUAUGACUCUGGUUGGUGGGGCCGCAGCUGCUGGAGCAGUUUGUUUGGAUGGAAGCUCGCCAGCGUAUCAUUUGGACAGAGGUUUCGGUGCCGGAGCUGCCAAUUGGCUUCUACAAUUUGAGGGAGGAGCAUGGUGCAAUGACGUGGCAUCUUGCUUAGCAAGAUCUAAGACCCGGCAUGGUUCUAGUCGCUACAUGAAUAAGCUGGAGGUUUUCUCUGGAAUUCUAAGCAACAACGCCUCGCUGAAUCCUGAUUUUUAUAAUUGGAACCGUGUAAAGCUUCGGUAUUGCGAUGGAGCCUCUUUUGCUGGGGAUUCUACGUUUCACAACGGUAAGGCAACCCUUUACUUUAGAGGCCAACGGAUUUGGCGUGCCAUUAUUCUUGAUCUUCUUCCAAAAGGGUUGAAUCGUGCACGAAAGGCUCUGCUUUCGGGUUGCUCAGCGGGUGGUCUGGCAACAUUCUUGCACUGCGACAAUUUCACCAGCUACCUACCAAAGUCCACUGCUGUGAAAUGCUUGAGCGAUGCUGGAUUUUUCCUCGACGUGAGAGACGUAGGGGGCUACCACACGAUGAGGUCCUUUUUCGAAAGCCUAGUUUCUCUACAGGGAGUAGAGCAAAAUCUAAAUGAAAACUGCACAAGUUCUCUUUACUAUCCAUCUCAGUGCUUCUUCCCACAAUAUGCUCUGCCAUUUAUACAAACUCCGUAUUUCAUCUUGAAUUCUGCAUAUGAUGUAUUUCAGUUUCACCAUGCAUUGGUUCCAUUCUCUGCUGAUCCUCAUGGACAUUGGCGCCCCUGUGAGUUCAAUCCGGAUGCAUGUACUCUGAGUCAGAUCACUGUCUUGCAAGGUUUCAGACACCAAAUGCUUGCAACCUUGAGAUUGUUUGAACAGUCUCGAGUCGAAGGGAUGUUUAUAAAUUCAUGUUUCGCACAUUGCCAGUCGGAGUCGCAAGACACAUGGUUUGCACCCGACUCUCCAACAGUGCAUAAUAAGACAAUUGCACAGGCUGUUGGAGAUUGGUACUUUGGACGGAACAUCACGAAGGAGAUCGACUGUCCAUAUCCUUGCAACCACACAUGUCACAACCUGAUACCGCAGAAUCAGUUAGCUUGAAAUGAUACAUCCAAAGAAAAUGAAGGUUACCACAAUGAUUGUAGGCGGUCUUGGAGGUUUCUCACUUCUUUCAUCAACAGCAAUCGAUUGAGCGAAACAAUAACGAAACGAAUUGGGUUUCGAAGGAUGAAUUGCAGAUUGAAUCUACAUUGCAUUGAUCAAGAUCUCGAAGAGUUCUUGUGGUAUAGAUCUGUAAAAAAAAAAAAAAAAAAAGGAUGAAUUGCAGAUUGAAUCUACAUCUGCAUUGAUCAAGAUCUGGAAGCGUUCUUGAGUUAUAGAUCUAUAAAAUGUUCACUCCAUAGUAUCAUUUCUACGUUAAAAAACUACAAUUGAGUGUCUCAAGUAAGCUGCAUUGACAGAUUUUCAAUUUAUAAAAUUGCAAAUCUAUCAAAUGCAGCAUCUCACGGAUUAUGGAAUUAUUUAAGGAGGAUUGGUGUGAUAGAAACAACAAAAUUCUUUGUAGUUCUAUGUUACCAGCCCAUGUCAGUUUUCAA